CUCGCAACGGCGAUGAUGACAACGGUGUGGAUGACAUGAUCGCUGAGGCCCCACAAUUUUUCCUCUUCUUCUUUGUCGCCACUUUUUCGGUUCUUUCCCUCGCUCCCCCAUUUCUUUUCUGGAAGCAGGUCAGAUUCUAGGUCGACCGGUUCUCAUGGCCCCUUGGUUCCCGCUGUCUGUGCUCACCGCAGCUUCCAUCAUUGUCAUCAUCACCACUGUGCAAGAGUGCAUGCGACCUCCUGCGUCUGCCUGCUGCUCAUUCACAUGGAAUGAAUUAGCAAACUGGCCUCUCAUUGUGCAGCCUGUAGGACUCGAGGAAAUGGCCGAAUUAUCGACCAUCUAUCCAGAGAGUUAGGAUUCCUCUUCGGGGAUUACGGAGUGUGCUCUGGGGGAGUUUGAUUUGUCGUAGGGUCGGGGGUUCAGCUGUUAUUUCGCCGACUGUCGGGAAUCAGCUUGUCUUCACUGCGAAGUGAUGCAUGUAGAUUCCAAGCAGGGAAACGAUCUGCAAUCAAAGGGUUCCUGUCUUCGACGCUGAUCUGUAGUCGACUACAGAACCAAGUGAAGUGUGCGGGUUUGCGCAUCGAGCGACAUCUGGUUGAGCACAAGUUUUGAUCAACAAUUGGUGCAGAUCAUUAUUCAUCGCAACCCUGGAAAUAACUUCGCGAGACUUGGUCAUUUGUGAUUUUCAAUAUUAUCCAGGUUUGGAACAUCUUCAAUCAGAGGUGGUGGGUUGUCUUCGAAUUUCCCCAACGCCGGUUUUUUUAGAUAGAACAUAGGUACCGCCAGAGAAGGACAAGUGGCACGGAGGUUUCGCUAGAGAAGUCGCAAAGAGAUCUUGUCACGAGAACUUGGAAAUUUUAGUGUUUCGGUACCACGGAAGCCUCCUCUGUUGAAGUAAUUCCUCACAGAGCGAAGAGCCUUGAUUAGAAUCACCGGGAGCUAUUAUCUCUGGAGUGCUGGCUUUGAGAAUAUCAAUCUCCGCGGUGGGCGCACCCUCGAUUUUACAUCCCCUUGUAUUCUCCCAUUUUGAUGUCUUGCUGAGUGAUACUGUAGGAUACCUAGAAUAGAUCAGUGUUCGCAAGUACCAAUGUCACUACUUGAAGUCGUUCGAUGUACGUCUCAAGGACACAGUCAGGAGGUUGUAGCAGGAUUUUAGUGGUAAAGUUAGUAAUGCUCAAUGUGCGUAUAUGAUCCACUCCAGCCCCUCGUUAUGCGUUAACAGGAUCGUAGGAGCAUCGGAACGAGUUCGGCUCGGAGAGUUAGGUGUACUUCAUAAACCUAGCAUCUGGAGACACUUAUUUGAGGAGUUCCGUGGAUCAUCGUAGUGAUUGAAGGAGCGUUGUUUUGUUCUGUCGCGUGGUUCUUCAGUUUGGAACGUUGCUGCCAAAUGUUUUAUGCUUUGGCACGUCUUUCCCAAUCUGGAUAUGGAGAUCGAGGUGAUGUAACUCGUCUAAGCGCGGGUAUUGCAUCAGGUAAUUUGCACGCCAUUCUGGGAUAAGUUAAGAAGUAGGCAUGAAGUGGCUGAAGAGAUUACUAGGCCACUCGGAAUAUCGUCAAUAUGGCGAUAACGAAUAUUACGAGUACCCUAGAAAUGGCGUCUACCUACACGAGUCAUCGAACUCAUCAUCAAACAGUUCUGGAUGGCGAGAAAGCAGACAAUUUGAAGUAGACACCAUCAGUACCCGUUCAUGGCGAGGCCCUUGUGUCUUCGAGCAGGAUCCACAUUCCGUCGACAAGUACCAGGACAUGUACUCAAGACGGGGCACGAACCAUCCCUACCGAGAGAGCAGGCAAUUGUACGAGAAUGAAGAAUAUUCACGUGAUACCAGCAGAUAUGUUAGCCAAUACGGAGGGACGACCGAGAUAUACAAUCCUGCAAGUGGAGGAUUUAAAGAAUACGACCAUGGCAGAGUUAACCCUGAGACUCCAGUUUAUGAUAAUAGAAGGUAUAGGACAAUGAACUACGAGGAUCACGACGCUAGGAGUGAUGCUUUAGCAAGGGCGAUGCAAGACACCCUGAGCCUUGAACGGUAUCCAGCUUCAUAUGGUGCUCCUGGUGUUGCGCCUGCCCCGAAUCCAAUGGCGGCUCGGGCAACUGGGUCUGUAGGAUUGGCGACGUGUGCUGGUUGCCAUCGCACCCUUGGAUUCGGUAGGUUUUUGACGUGCCUCAACCAGAAUUGGCACCCAGCUUGCUUUUGCUGCCGAUACUGCCUUCAGGGGAUCGUGGAUAAGGAGUUCUCCGUGCAUGGAAAUGACCCCUACCAUCGGGACUGUUAUAAAAAGCUUUUCCAUCCCAAGUGUGAGAUCUGCUAUAAUCAUAUUCCUUUGAAUCCUAAAGGACAAAUUGAGUACCGUUCACACCCUUUCUGGAACCAGAGGUACUGUCCGUCCCAUGAACUAGAUGGAAGCCAAUGUUGCUGCAGUUGCGAUCGCAUCCAGCCAGUGGAUCAACGGUAUCGACGCUUGCCAGAUGGUAGGAAGGUGUGCUCGGAAUGCAUGGAUUCUGCAGUGAUGACCACCAAGGACUGUCAACCACUCUAUCGAGACGUUCUAAAAUUCUACAGAAACCUUGGCAUGCCCAUCGAACAAGAAAUUUCGAUGCUUCUGGUGGAGCGGGAGGCCCUCAACCAUGCUCGUGAAGUUGAAGAGGGAGGACACACUCACGCCCCGGAAACUCGAGGUCUGUGCUUGUCGGAAGAGCAAAUUCUCCCUGUCUUGGAACAUGAUGGAGAAAUGAGGAAAUUAACACGGCAUUGCGAGGUCACAGCCAUUCUUGUUCUAUAUGGUUUACCUAGAUUGUUAACAGGGUCUAUCCUGGCUCACGAACUGAUGCACGCAUGGAUUCGUCUCGACGGAAGAUAUCCGAAUCUAGACAACGACGUAGAGGAGGGUAUCUGUCAAGUGAUCGCACACAUGUGGUUGAAGUCGGAGCUUGAAACUCUCAUGCGAACUGGGGUGUCAUUGGUCAUCAAACGACUAGGAGAAUUUUUCCUCCACCAAAUCGAAACUGACUCAUCACCUAUUUACGGUGACGGUUUCAGAACUGCUUCCGCUGCAGUUUCUUCUCAUGGCCUAACACGAACACUGCAUCACUUGAGGCAAACUGGUGAGAUACUUCAUUAAAAUCGAUCUAAUUGUUAAACACUUCUUAACAAUCUGUUGUACACGUGAUUCUUCUUGUAGUUUCCGGAUGACAGCUAUUGUUGCUAUUUCCGGAAACAUAACUCGUUUUUUGAAAUUCUGGGUUAUUAUAUAGGAAGAUGUGUGUGAUAUUCCAUCCAUAUACAAUCCAUAUUGAAUCCAUAUACAUCUUGGUUGUUAUUAUUCUAAGACAUGUUAUUUUUGUUUGAGCCUGAAAUUCCACGAUUUUAUUCUUUA